GGUCACAGCCCCUCACAUUCGGCUUAUUUCUUGGGCUAAUUGGACCGUCCCGGUUCAGGACACCGAAACAAGGGAGACACCGGAGGGAGGAGAUGGGAGAUGGAUGUGUCGGUUUGUCGAUGGAGCCGAAGGAACUCAGCGGUGGUAGCGGCAAUCUCAGCAGCAACAAUACCGAAAGAGAAAGGCAGAUGAAACGAAGAAGAACAGAGAUACUGGAGAAGAAUAGGGCAAUUGAUGCCGCCAUUAAAGCAGCUUCUGCAGAGAAAGAUCAUCUCGCUUCGUUCCCAACCUUCCGUCAUUACGAUCGAAAUGGCUUGUCUGCAUACUUGGAAUCAGGUCAUGGGGAUAAGCUGUCUUCUUCCUUGAAGCGGUACAUUCGAUGCCUACUUAAGAUUAAUAUGGAGGGGCCGUAUGGAUCUGAGUGGCCUGUGGAAGAGAAGGUGAAGCAUAGGGAAAUGGUUGCUCCUGAAGCACGUUAUAUAUUUGUCUAUGAAGCCUCAAUUGCAUGUCGUAGUCAUAUGUGCACGCUAGAAAGGGAAAAAGAUUCUAAAUCUAGCCUAGAACACAAGUGGCCUGCUGUUGGAUUUGUACACUAUCGCUUUAUUGUUGAGGAGGAAAUACCUGUUCUUUAUGUGUAUGAAUUACAGCUUGAGAAUCAUGUACGAGGGAAAGGUCUGGGAAAGUUCUUAAUGCAACUAAUUGAGCUUAUUGCUUGCAAGACUGGCAUGGAAGCUGUGGUGCUAACUGUUCAAAAAGCAAAUGAGUCAGCUAUGAAUUUCUAUAUGAAUAAGCUAAGAUACAAAAUAUCAAGUAUGUCCCCGUCAAGAGUUGAUUCAUUGAUAGGCAUUAAGAAGAGCUAUGAAAUUCUUUGUAAGGUGUUUGAUCAUGAAGCUAAAUCCAUAUUGGAGGAGGCAGGGAACCAUUCAAUGCCAUGUAACAGCAGCUUAGGAGGAACUUUAUGCAAAGAAGAUGAGAAACGAAGUCCAUGAGCGUUUUAGGGGAUGGCCCAUGUGUCAGCAGGUGGCAUUUUCAGCCUGUAUGUUGUGGUUUACUGGUCAGUGCCUUUACGACUUGGUGGCAUUGCAGGUAACCAGAAAGUGAAUCUUAUUCACUUCCAACUGCUCAAAAAGGAUGAUCCCAUUCCAGGCAUUGAAUGUUGCUGUCUGUCAUGCAUGUGGGUCAGAUGGCCAACAGGUUUGUGAAGUGCCUACCAUUGCGCGUAUGGAAUGCUAUAAACUAAUUUAACUCUCAGUUACCUCCCACGUGCCGCACAUAUUCCCUUGCUUGCUGUGUCUUCAUUCCACUGUUAUUCAUGGUUUUGUAUCAUAAUCUUACCCUCCAGGAUGCUGGUCUGUUAAUUGUGUUAUUGCAUCUUCUGUUUAUGGGCGUGUUACUGCAUUUUCAAGGUAACCCACUAUAUAUUGUGGGCUCACUGGUCUUUGACCACCA